AUGACAGACCCAUCCAAGCCCCAGCAGAUCCCCCGACUCAACCCGAAUCCCCUCACCAACCCGGAACGGUGGCAAGCCAUCGCAACCCGCGACAUAACCGCCAACAGCUUCGUCUACGGCGUCCUGACGACAAAAAUCUACUGUCGUCCCUCCUGCCCAGCACGACUAGCCCGCCGCGCCAACGUCCAGUUCUAUGACACCGCCCCGCAAGCAGAGAAUGCCGGCUUCCGACCCUGCAAGCGCUGCCGGCCGCAUUCGGGCCAGACGGCGGCUCAAAGCAACCCUCAAACCGCCAAAAUUGACACAGCCUGCGAGUCAAUCCGGAGCAUCCUGACAGCAGGACUGAAACCGAAAUUAAGAGAUCUGGCGGCCGAGGCUGGCUUGACGCCUAGUCAUUUCCACCGUGUGUUUAAGAAGCACGUGGGCGUUACGCCCGGUCAAUAUGUAGAGAGUCUUGGGCAAAGCCACCUGCACUCACCGGAAUCAUCGCCAUCCUGUGCUUUUCCUGAAGGUGGAACGCCGCGCUCGGCGUUGGGGGAUAGGGGUGGUGAGGUGUUGGAUCUAGAUUGGAAUACUAGUGAGAAGGGGGCUGGUCUGUCGGUUGCUAGGGGCAAUUUUCCAUUUCCCAGUGGCUGGAAUGAAUUCGAUGCUCUGCUGGCAUCUGAAUCGGAACAGACGUGGAUACCUGGCUUAUCUAUUGACCCUCGAAUGACCUUGGCGGAUGUUUCUGAUCGGACCAUAUGA